CUCCCGGCGCCGCCGCUCGCCGCUCGCUCCCGGGCCCGCCGCAACGCGGGGCUGGCGGGAGAGCCGCCCCCGCCGCCGCCCCCUGCCGCCCGCGCCGCUCCCCUGCCCGGCUCGCCGGCCCCGGGCGCGGGGGAGCGGCGGAGCCCUCCGCCCGCCGGGUGCAUGGACAGGAGCUCCCUGCUGCAGCUCAUCCAGGAGCAGCUCGACCCCGAAAACACCGGCUUCAUCGGGGUAGAGACGUUCGCCAGCCUGGUGCACAGCCAUGAGCUGCCCCUGGACCCCGCCAAGCUCGACAUGCUGGUGGCCCUGGCACAGGGCAACGACGAGGGGCAGGUCUGCUAUCAGGAGCUGGUAGACCUGAUCAGCAGCAAGCGCUCGAGCAGCUUCAAACGCGCCAUCGCCAACGGGCAGCGGGCGCUGCCCCGCGACGUCCUCCUGGACGAGACCGGCCUCGGCUUCUACAAGCGCUUCGUCCGCUACGUGGCCUACGAGAUCCUGCCCUGCGAGAUGGACCGGCGCUGGUACUUCUACCAGCACCGCACCUGCCCGCCCCCCGUCUUCAUGGCAGCCGUCACCCUCACCCAGAUCAUCGUGUUCCUCUGCUACGGGGCCCGGCUGAACAAGUGGGUGCUGCAGACCUACCACCCCGAGUACAUGAAGAGCCCCCUGGUUUAUCACCCCGGGCACCGGGCGAGGGCCUGGCGCUUCCUCACCUACAUGUUCAUGCACGUGGGGCUGGAGCAGCUGGGGUUCAACGCCCUCCUGCAGCUGAUGAUCGGGGUGCCCCUGGAGAUGGUGCACGGCAUCCUGCGCAUCAGCUUCCUCUACCUGGCCGGGGUCCUGGCAGGCUCCCUGACUGUCUCCAUCACCGACAUGAGGGCCCCCCUGGUCGGGGGCUCAGGGGGGGUCUACGCCCUCUGCUCAGCCCACCUUGCCAACGUUGUCAUGAACUGGGCCGGGAUGCGCUGUCCCUACAAGCUGCUGCGGAUGGUGCUGGCGCUGGUGUGCAUGAGCUCCGAGGUGGGUCGCGCCGUGUGGCUCCGGUUCUCGCCGCCGCUGCCGGCCUCGGGCCCGCAGCCGUCCUUCAUGGCACACCUGGCGGGGGCCAUCGUGGGCAUCAGCAUGGGGCUGACCAUCCUGCGCAGCUACGAGGAGAGCCUGCAGGACCAGUGCGGCUGGUGGGUGCUGCUGCUCUCCUACGGCACCUUCCUGCUCUUCGCCGUCUUCUGGAACAUCUUCGCCUACGACCUGCUGGGGCACAGAUCCCCCCGCCGUAGCCCACCCCCGGCCCCGGCCCUUCGGUUGGUUUGUUUUCCAGGCCCGGUGGAGGGGCCGGGGGGUCCCCGCGCGUGACAUGGGGACAGGCCACCCCCGCCUGCCCCCUCGGUGCUACAGAACGCGCCGCCCCCGCCCCGGGCUGCGCCCCCGAAUGUACCUGCCGACCCUCCGCGCUGUACCCCCGCCCCAAAGGAUGCUUCAGCCCUGCCCUGGCAUCGCCGACCCCCCCGGGGUGCCCGCAGGGCUCGGGAUGUGCCCCCCGGAAGGAGCCGAGCGCGGGGACCCCCCCGCUGGCUCCUGUACCCCCUCCCCAGGGUGGGGACCAACACUCGUUGCCCCCCCAAGGACCUGCACUUUCACACGAAGGACUGGUGCCAAAAUAGGAGCGAUUUAUUUUUCUAUGCCAAAAUAAAUAUAAAUAAAAGAAAGAGAGGAAUUAAAAAAAAAAAAAAAAAAAAAAAAGAAGGAUAUGGGGAGAGCCCGGCAGGAACCAGCUGAGACCGGCACAACUCGUUUCGGCAGUGCCCUCGGGGCGCAGCCCCCCCUUCCCCGCGCCCCGGCCCCCCCUGCUUUGCUGCCAGCGCCCUCCCCGGGGUGGGGGUUCGCCCAGGAUG